CUCUCUCUUUACAAGCACAAAAGCAAAAAAGAAAGAAAAAGUUAUACAGAAAACAUAAAAAUUUAGAAAAUGGGAAAUUGUAUAAGGCAUGAAUCCUCUGUACAAUGGGGUGGUGAUGACUGGGGAUCUCCAGAAAAGGAGGAGCUUUAUGGUAGUGAUACAGAUUGUGACAUGGGGGACAAUAAUAAGGCCAUGAUUAUGGAAGAGAAGGGUCUCCUUGGAGGAGCUGAGAGAAGUUUUACUAAGUCUUCAUCUACUACUACUACUACAGAGGUAAAGAUCAAGAUCACGAAGAAACAGCUGGAGGAGUUGCUAGGCAAGGUGGACUUGAAAGAAUUGUCUGUGCAACAAGUUUUGGCCCAGUUGAUUAACGUUAGUGAUCGAUUUGAUUCGCAUCCAAGGUCCUGGAGGCCUGCCCUGCAGAGUAUUCCUGAGGUGAAUUGAGCUGAGGUUGCAGGUGAUGAUGAUAAGUGUGCAUAUAUAUAUGGUAGUGAUGAUGAGUCUUUCUUGCUCUAAUCCUCCUUAUAUAUUUGGAUGUUUUGGUCAAUCAGGAAUGUCAUGUACUUGGUCUUAUUUUGUACAGGAAGUGAAGGGGAAUGGCGUUAGGACUUUAGAAGGUUUCUACUAUAGAUUUUGUUCAUUGUAGUCUGUGAAUACCAAAAACCUCUUUCUAGGCAGAGCCUAAGGUUUUGUUUUUUGUUCAAAUGAAUCUCUCUCUCUCUCUCUC